AUGAGGCAUAAUCUGAGACCCAGAAGCACAAUCCCUGAUUCAGAUGACGAUUCACAAUUCAGCGAGACGUCAUUGAGGAAUUCUUCCCCCCUCCGUCGAUCAAGUCGAUCGGGACGUCUGCGAGCCAGUGGGUCAUCCCUUUCUCGAUCUCGCACUCGCGUCAUCCAGGAUUCCGAGGCAGAUGAGGACGACUAUGUAGGUCUAUCGGACUCGGUGGCACCAGACAAUUCUGCUUCCGGCGGGAUUGCAGUGGUCGUGCCAGCGAAAAAUGAAUAUCCCAGUGACUCCAAUUCUCGGAGUUCGCUUGGAAGGUCAACAGGCUACAGUACCCCAGCUACUAGCGUCGGCGCUGCAGUUACUGAACCCGACACCAAGCUUGCGACCAAGACUUCGGCGCGUAUCAAUGCCGCUGAUCGGGUAAAGAAACUGCAAUCGAGCGCACUAUCUUUAGGAUCUCAUCAAAGAGGAAGAAAACGAUCCGCGGCUGUUUUGGCUAAGGAUGAUGAUGAUGAUGAUGAUGAUGAUGAUGAUGAUGAUGAUGAUGAUGAUGCUCCACUAGCCCGUGCCUACAAAAAAAGGAUGGCAAAACGGCCUACGGGUGCUCUGUCCGUCCAAACCGAUCUUGAGGCUUCUGACAGCGCUCUGGCCCAUGCCCUUCAAAUGGAUGAAUACGAGUACCCACGCCCGACAACAGAACAAUGUUUGCUCGUGGACAAAUCCAUUGAUGAACACUUGGAAUACGCCUCAGACCCAGAUUCCUCUCCGUUGAGCCCUGAGCCACCAGAGUUCCUUCAUUCGGAUACCUCGGAGGAUCCACUAGAAGGCAGAUCUCUCAGUCCUCUUGCAGAAGGCCUCAAUGACGAUAUUCACGGCUCUGAAGCAGAUCUGCCCCCAACCUGGGAAGAGCAUCGGAAAGCUCGCCGUGCAGAAAGAGACCGAAAGAACCUUGUGAAUAAACACCCGACAAUUGGUACAAUGUGGGAUGUGCUCAAAGCGCAGCCGAUUAUCCAGCCAAAGGAAGCCAAGCAGCCUGUAUCCAUAACUCGCAAACUCAAGCCAUUCCAACUGGAGGGCUUGAACUGGAUGAUAGCUCAGGAAAAGACUCAAUACAAGGGUGGUUUGCUGGGCGAUGAGAUGGGCAUGGGAAAGACUAUCCAAGCAGUCUCACUCAUCAUGUCCGAUUUCCCCCAGCCCGACCCGACUCUCGUCCUCGUGCCACCGGUCGCUUUGAUGCAGUGGGUAUCCGAGAUCAAGGAAUACACAGAUGGCAAGCUGAAAGUCUUGUCUCGAAUCCAUUUACCGUAA